GUUAUAGAGAGGAAAAGGAGAAAGAAAAAAAGGCGAAGAGCUUCUUAAUUCACAAAUUGUUUGCGUUGAUCUCUUAGGGUUUCUGCAAUGUUAAUCUCUUUCAAGAAGACGACGAGUAACAAAGUUCUGGGCCUUAGUUUCCAUUCCAAGAAACCAUGGAUCCUCGCUAGUCUGCUCAACGGUGGGAUCGAGCUUUGGGAUUAUCGUAGGGAGACUCUGAUCCAGAGAUCAGGAUCUGAAGAAGUACAAGAACACAUCGCUGGUGCUAUUAGCAAUAUCUCCGCCGUGGAAGAAAUCAGAACAACACUAGCUGAAGAAGGAGUUGUACCGGUUCUUCUCCCUCUCUUAAUCUCUGGUUCAUCGUUGGUUAAAGAAAAGACGGUGAAUUUCAUCUCCUUAAUAUCAUCUUCCGGUGAGUAUUUCAGAGAUUUGAUUGUUAGAGAAAGAGGAUUACAGAUUCGAAGAUGAAUUGGAAGUUUUGAUUAAAUUAGUGUUUAUAAU